AUGAGUGAAAAAUACAAAGCCGCUUAUCUAACGUACGAUGACGAUGGGUUUUUCAGUGAUGUGCCUACCUCGGGAUCUCUAUCAAAAUCGUUAGUGGCAUUAAAUACAUAUGUGAAAAAAAAUCUGUUGUAUGACGACAGCGAAGAACCUCAAAAUGAUUCGUCAUAUUUUUCGAAGGAGACCAGUUCAAACGAUUCUAUUUCAAAAUAUGAUUCGGAUAGUGGGAAAAGUGUAGAGUUAUCGGAAAAAAGAACCAUUUUAACACCACUAUCUGAUAUUGAUGUGGUGCUAAACAUUGUAAAGGUGCAGUCGGUAAGCGAAAUAAAGAACACGAACAUAAAUAAAAAUACUGAAGAAUUGACUGAUGAUUACAAAUACAAAAAAUUAUACGAAAAUUCACACAAGAAAUCAAAUAUUUUACCUGAUGAGAAAGGAAAAAACAAUAUAUCUUAUAAAGAAAAACAUCAUUUUAGUAUUAAAAAUCAAGAUCACUUACACGAGGACAAUAAUUCAACAUCUGCUAAAAAUAUAAAAAGCUAUGGCGAAAGUAGUAAGGAUGAUAAUUAUACAAGUGAAGUUGUCUUAAAAAGGAAAUUAGAUGAUGCUAAUGGCGAGUUAAAACGUCAUACGAUACAUGACGUUUCAGAAUGGGUUAAUAGGACAAAUGUUUACCCCGACGUUUACGCGCCUUUACCUUAUAAAUCACCCAGCCGCCGAUACGUGGAGAGCGAUGUGAACAUCCACUACAGGUGCCCGGUACGUCAUGACCCGCUGCCGCUUGUGCCCGAGCGGGAACUAGCUAGACAGCAGGCGGAACAUAUGAAACGGCUUUAUAGGGACCAGAAACGGAACAAGUACUUGCAGGAAAAAGAUAUUCACAUGUUCGACAUAGAAGCUUUUGAGGCGUCUAUAAAGGAGCUUCAAGAUAUGCAAAACAGGCGUCACCAGGACAAUUUCAUGCCAUCACAGAAGACUGUAGUGCCCUUGAAUCGAUACGACGAGGCCGAGAAACUAGUGGCCAGAGCAUUGUACGCUUUCAACGGACAAACGACGCGGGAAUUAAGCUUUAAGAAAGGCGAUCUGAUUAAUAUUCGACGGCAAAUCGACGCGAACUGGUACGAGGGCGAGGUGCACGGUAGAAUUGGACUCUUCCCGUAUAAUUAUGUUGAGAUAUUAAAAGGUGAUUAUGCCCACUCGCCUAAAAAGCCCAUCAUAAUUGAAGGUCAAGCUCGGGCUAAGUUCGACUUUACAGCACAAACAAACCUAGAGCUGCCACUAAAGAAGGGUGAAAUCGUGGUUCUGACGCGACGCAUCGAUCACAAUUGGUGGGAGGGCAGGAACGGUACGAAGACUGGCAUUUUCCCAGACAGUUAUGUUACUGUACUGCAAGAGCCCAGUCAAACGAAUCCUCGUGGCGGUGCGGCGGGCGCGGAGAAGCCGGGCGCGGCGCCGGCGGCGCACGGGCUGGUGAACGGCGCGGCGCAGCGCGCGCUGCAACGCCACAGCUACACGCCGCAGCACAACAGCCCCGCGCUGGCCAACGCGCCGCCCGCCACCGCGCCGCUGCCCGGAUACGUGACGAAGCCGACGCAGUCGAGCCUCACUCCAUCCGAACGUGGCUACGGGCCCCCGUCGAGCGCCGGGAUAGACCUCAACAACGCGGAGCCACUUUACGUCGACACUAACGCUGAGGCCGUGCCAUAUCGAGCGAUGUACAAGUACCGUCCGCAGAAUCCGGACGAACUCGAGCUCCAGGAGGGCGACACCGUGUACGUGCUGGAGAAGUGCGAUGAUGGCUGGUAUGUCGGUUCCAGCCAGCGUACUGGACGUUUCGGAACUUUCCCAGGUAAUUACGUUGAGCGCAUCUGA